AUGCAGGAGCCAGAGGGUGUGCGGGGGCCCGGCGGAAAAAAAUGGGAGCGAUGUGUGCUACGGCGCGGCGGACAGGUCGGUGCGGCUGCUGCUGUUGUGUCGAGGCGGGAAGAGGAGCGCAGACAAAGCCUAAUCUGCCGUCGCGCCAUCGUGGGCCACAUGCUGGUGACGGGGCCAAGAGGAGGCUUCCUGCUGGGGCCGCUGCUUAGUGCACUGUCAUGGCCGCCGCCGCCACAACACACCUGA